AUGCGAGGCCGCAACGUACCAGUCCUGCGUCGUAUUCUUGCAGGAAUGCUCUCCAAAGGAAAAACGCGGUAUGAUGACUUUCCUGAACGAGAUCAGCUACUUCUCGAUGUGUCUCGUCAGGAUGAUGCUCGGUACCAAAAACUGCUCGGCAAUGAUUUGAUGGCUUUGACAGCAUUAGCAGUGCCAUUUUGUAUGUCAAAAGUCUCCAACAAGGGAACGAUCCCAACUUAA